AUGUCUGACUACAUGCGUUCAAGGUUCACUUCUGCUGAUGUGCCGAGUUCGCAAGUGAAUUCCCGCCUUGGACGGUCAAGGAGAGGCAACGGUGACCGAACCCGCCGAACUUGGUCAUACCGUGAGGAGGAGAUUCUUGUGGUUGCGCUGAAGGACCUCGUCGUCACCGGAUGGAAAGCCGAUAAUGGAUUUCGGACAGGGUACCUUGGCAGACUCGAGGAAGCCCUAAAGAAGCAUUACCACAACACUGACAUCAAACCAACUCCUCAUAUUAACUCAAAGCUCACUUCCUGGAAAAGAUUCUACAAUUCUUUGCGUGGAAUCUUGAGUCGUAGCGGUGUGGGGUUCAACCUCCACGACGACUACAAGAUAGAUUACGACGACGAUCAGUGGUCGCAAAUUGUCAAGCAAGACCCCCAUGCUCGCUACAUGAGGGAUAAGAGCUGGCCAUUCUGGGACCAUUGGCAGGUCAUCUUUGGUAAGGAUAGGGCUGAUGGGGGAUCAGCUACUGGUUUGAUGGAUGCGGUGACACCGCCUCAGGCUCAAGCGAUGGAGACCAACACUCCUCCUAAUGCUCCGGUUGAAAGCUUAGGCAACACUAACCGUGAGAAAGCUGCUCGGACUACGGGUGGGAAAAAGAGAAAGGCUGACCAUUCUAUAGAUGGUCUCAUUGAACUGUUGGGGAAAAUGAAUGAUGCCACCAAUGCGAGGUUGGAGAGUUUAUCCCACCGCAUUGGUUAUGAGUUCGAUCUGAGCAAAUCACAGAAGGAAGUAUUUGCGGAACUAGGCCGCUUGCCUGGACUAACAAGGGAGCAAAAGUUUGAUGCAGGGGAGAUUAUUCUGGAGAAGGUGGAAAGGUUGGAUUUCUUUCUUGGGAUGCCGGAUGAUGACCGUAUCGCGUUCCUGUUUCGUGUGCUUGCGAAAUAUGGUUCGGGCUAG